AUGCACCUCCAAUCACGCCAUUUCCAUUCCCGCAUGAGCAAAGAUUCGUCCCCGUUGCCGCCCCCGCAUCUUCGCUCCGCCAUGCCCUGGAACGGAGGGCUGCCUCCCACCUUCGUCCCAGCACUAACACCGCCCGUCUACGUCCCUGUAACGCCUCCCAAGAUGGCACAAGGUGUUGUGAGAGAUGCAUGGCUCGAGAUGUGGAUGCAGAGGAACAGGGACGCGGACCAAAGCACUGCGAGUGGAGCCCAGCAGGCCUCUCCCCAAUUCUCAUGGCGCACUGCGGACGUGAAAGCGCGCCUGCGCGAGGUGGCAGUGCUGCUGGACACCAUCAAGCAUGCCACCGAGCCUCAAGACAUCAGCGCUAAGGAGGCCGCGCUAGCCCAGCUCAUGUCGGUGUUCGAGGACGAGGAGGCCUACACCCGCUUCAAGAACCGUACGCUCAAAACCCAGCGUAACAAGCGCUGGCAGAAACGCAAGAAGGAGAAGCGUCGGCAGGAGCAGGCGGCAGCGCCCUCCAAGGCGGAAAUCGAACGCACCGCCGAGGAGAUACGCGCCCGGCAGGAGGCCAUCCAUCUCGCCGAAGUCGCGGCCAGGAAGAAGCAGGUGGCCGACCGAAUCGAGGGUCGACAGAAGAGGAAGCGCGCCAGAGAGCUCGAUUACAAGGCCCAAAUCGCCGCACGUCUCGAGGUCCUGCUUCGAAUACGAAGGCUGAAGCAGGGGGUCACCGAGCCGAUUACAUACUUUGAAGAGGUCAAGCGCGCUCAGGACGAGAAGAAGGAGCGACGACAAGCCGACGCAGAGGAGCAAGGGAAGGGAGAAGGCGAAACCGUACGAGCUGACGCUCACGGCAAAAGCGUUGGAGAAGAAGCGCCGGUCGUGGCCAGCGUGGCUUCACCGAGCAGGAAACAAGAGGAAGAGUAUGACAUCGAAGUAGAGGGCGGAAGAGGAGUGAGGCCGGCCAAGGAGAAAGGCAAGGAGCUCGGCGACACGAACAGACGGAAGCGAAAGAAGCGAAAGACCGAGGUUGCCGCAGCUUCGCCGGCGCCAGCCAAGGCCAACUACGCCCCAACCUACAAACAGCAAGCAUCGCGAAGCCCAGAGGAGCUGGAAGCCAUCAGGCAAGGCUGGGACUCGUGUAUUGUGCCCGAGGGCACUCCCGGGGCCUCCGCCAUUCCGCCGGACCUGCUGCUCGCUGCUCGUCCCUCGUCCCUCGAGUGGGAGCGACUCCUCCGGCCGCCGCACCAUCGAAGGUAG